CGCCCAGCCCUGCCGCCCGCGAGGCCCCGCCGCGGGGUGCCCCGACCCCGCCGCCCCUCCGCUCAUCCACAGCGCGGAGCGAGGCCGCGCCCCUCCCGGCACGGAGUUCCCUGCUCUGACAGCAGAGGAGCAGGAGCUGAGGGUCGCAGGGCGGGGAGGGAUUUUUUUUUUUUCUCAGGUAACGCCGCGGUCACCUCAGCGAGGCGGGCGGGGCGCGCUGCCGUGAGGCCCCGCGUGACGUCAGAGGCGGCGCGACGGAGAGCGGCGGCACUCGGACUUUAAGGCUUCCAGGUACCUCCUUGUAAAGCUCCUUCGUUUCCAAGGCAAUGCCCAAAGUGAAGCGCAGCAGGAAGCCGCCUCCAGACGGCUGGGAGCUGAUCGAGCCUACGCUGGAUGAGCUGGAUCAGAAGAUGAGAGAAGCGGAGACUGAGCCUCACGAAGGGAAGAGGAAAGUAGAAUCCCUUUGGCCUAUCUUCAGAAUUCACCAUCAGAAAACACGUUACAUCUUCGAUCUCUUCUAUAAAAGAAAAGCUAUCAGCAGAGAGCUUUAUGAAUACUGCAUCAAGGAAGGGUAUGCUGAUAAGAACCUGAUUGCAAAGUGGAAGAAACAGGGUUAUGAGAACCUUUGCUGCCUGCGGUGCAUCCAGACACGGGACACCAACUUUGGAACCAACUGCAUCUGCAGAGUGCCCAAAAGCAAGCUGGAAGUGGGGAGAAUCAUUGAAUGCACUCACUGUGGAUGCAGAGGCUGUUCUGGGUGAAAGAGACAGACUACCUUUUGAACUCUGAGCGAUAUCACCCAGCACGAUGGACUAAGAGUGCAAUUACAGCUACCUUCUGUGUGAUUGGAUAUUUCUGUAUUGCAAUUAAAAUGGCAAAUUCACCUGGAUCAUACAUACAAAGGAUGUAGUUUUGGAGUAGCUUUUUGUGUAGCCGCUUAUUUUAAAAUAAAGACUGCCUUCCUGAGAGAGUGGGCCAAUCUUUUGGCAAAACUGUA